AUGCUCCGCCAAAACCACCUGCUUCGUUCCGCCACCUACCUACCACCUUCAUCCCACGAUCCUGGAAGCUUCGAGUCCCUUCCACCCACCGUUUCGACGCACUUCCAUUGUCGCGGCCAUAUUUAUACUGCCCCGAAGCUAGUCGCUCUACGCAUCGGUGGCCGCAAUCGCCAUGCUGGCCCAUUUCCGCACGGCAGACAUUCGCAACUUGUCGCCAUGUCGUUGAUCCCAUACCAGCCUCAAGAGGGCCGCGAGAUUGUGCUACGACAUCGCAAUGCGAUCGUUGUUCGCGAUCCCAGCUCGCAGCGCCUGGAGAUUCGUGGCCACCCCGAAUGCCCUACAUGUCACCGCCCGCUAGGACCAACACCGCCGGAGCAUUCGUUCGAUCACCCGUUUGACGUCGACCCAGAAUCAUAUGUUGAUCCGGGCUACUUUCGGAUGCUUCGCGCAGGGCAUACCGACUCGACCGCACCCGAUCACGCAGCGUCGGGUCUUAUUCGCAGACUGUUUCGCCCUGCGCCAGGGAGCGAAGGCUCGGCGUCGCGGGGUUCGUCCGCCGUAGAUGAUGACGCUGAGUUCAUCUCCAGUGCUCCGGGCGUAUCACAAUCGGAGGCGGGGCCCAGCACACCAGUUCCAGAAUCACGGCGGUACCACUCUCGCAGCCUCAGCGUUCCCAAGAACGAUAGCACAGCAUGGCCAGCCUCAGCUCAGGAUGAAAACGGCUUGCAAGAUGGCUCUGUCUUUGGUGAAGCGGUACCAGAAUCUACCAAUGCAAUGGUCAAAACCAUUAGCCAAAAUGGACACCACAGCCACAACAAUCAUACUCUCCAGUCAGUUGAGCAAAGAAACCCUUCUAUACACACAAAUGGCCAUGCGCACCCCGACGGGCCUCUCCUCCUCGCGCCACCUCCCUCAGAAAUGGCCACAAUACCGCACGGAGCAGCGCUUCUUUUGAUACGCUUUUGCACCAUGAUAGGCGCCGACCCAGACUCUGUAAAGUAUUUUGGUCGCCUUAGUCUGUUUCUCAUAAAGCUUGCUACCCUAGUUCGUCCAUGCUGGCCAUACAUGGUCAAUCUCGAGGUGAGUGCGCCUCUUGUGCUGCUGGCCGUUCUGGACCUGGGGCUCCCCACCAGCACUAGCACUACCCGCACUCGACGUCCUAGCCACAGCGAACUCGUGACGAGUUUGUUUCGUCAGACGGGGUUGAAAACAAGGCUUUUGUUUCUUGCAUUGCAUUUGGGAGUAAUCUGGCUGGCCGGCCACUGGCAAGCUCUUUGCGUUGCUGUUUCCCAUGAUGAAUGGGCUCAAUGGUAG